AUGGCCCCUCCGACGCAGACAUUCAACCUCGAUGUUGAGGCAAUCUCGGGCAUUUGCGGAUCCAUCUCUAUAGCCUGUUGGGUGGUCGUCUUCUCGCCGCAAAUCAUACAAAACUUCCAACGCAGCAGCGCCGAUGCCCUUUCGAUUCAAUUCAUCAUUGCUUGGCUCCUGGGAGAUGUCUUCAACAUCCUCGGAGCCGUUUUGCAAGGAGUUCUCCCCACCAUGAUCAUCCUGGCCAUAUACUACACAAUUGCCGACCUCGUACUGCUCUGCCAGCUGUUUUACUAUCGCGGAUUUACGUGGCGCGACGAGCCGACUCCAACCCCGCCCAAGACAAAUGGUCACUCUUCGACAUCGGCGGCCGCUUCUGCCCCUGUGGAUGAAUACACUGCCCUUAUUGCCAGAGUGGAACACCAUGGCCGAGAUCACCGUGGCCGGCGUGGUUCGGAUUGGUCUGGCUUCUCGCCAGCAGUGCCGCAUCUUCUUGAGCCACCGAGCACUCCGCAGCCACCUCCGACUGCCUUCCAAACCAUUGUCUGGAACUCAGUGGUGAUCAUCAUGGUUUGCGCCGCUGGAGUCGCAGGGUGGUUCUUGGGUGAAAGGGCCUCUGGCGACAAGAAAUCUCCCGCCGACGGCGGUGACAACUCCCUCGAAUUCAACACUUUAGGCCAAGUGUUUGGAUACAUCUGCGCGGUUCUCUACAUUGCAUCUCGAUUGCCACAGCUCAUUCUCAACUGGAGACGCAAGACAACCGAAGGCCUUAGCAUGCUCUUCUUCUUGUUUGCCUGUCUCGGAAACGCAACCUAUGUGUUGUCCAUUAUUGUGUAUGAACCACGCUGCGGUGAGGAGACUUGCGAGCCAGAUGAAGCAAGACGGCUCUAUGGCAAAUACAUCUUGGUCAACCUCAGCUGGUUGGCUGGCAGCGCCAUUACCCUUUUGAUGGAUUUUGGUGUUUUCGCCCAGUACUUUAUGUACAGGACGGAAGAGGAAAGCGACGAAGAAGAAGUCCGCGCCGAAGACGAUACCAGCGCCAUUGACGAGUCUUGGGAUAACAGACCACUUCUUGAUCGAGAGUGA